CCACCCAGUUCAAGUGUGACUGCACUUCCGUCCAGCUGAAUGAGAGUAACGGUGAGGUGCUAGAUAUGUCAGCAAUGAUUUCUUCAUCGCUGCUCAGAUCCUACACUCAAGGUCUUCGAUGUUUGCAAGGACUCAAACACAGCCAGGAAUGCAGCAUAACCUUGCUCCAGUGUCGGCUUCUUCAUGUCGACUGUCCUCCUCAAAAACCCUCACUAACCACCAGCUAUGUCCAUGGCACCUCCUCCAUCUCGCUGCUUCCUCUGACCGUAGGCCAGACCCUGGACGCCACAGUCCAACGCUUUCCUGACAAGGAGGCCGUGGUCUUUUUGCAAGAAGGGAUCAGGAAAACCUUUGCUCAAUUUCAGAAAGAUGUUGAUAAGGCAGCUGCAGGUUUACUCGCUCUGGGACUCAAACGGGGGGAUCGACUUGGAGUUUGGGGGCCAAACGUAUAUGAAUGGAUCCUUUUCCAGUUUGCUACAGCGAAGGCUGGGAUCAUUUUGGUGUCAUUGAACCCAGCCUACCAAAUGGAGGAACUGGAGUUUACCCUGCAGAAGGUCCAGUGCAAAGCAGUAGUGUGUCCUACUCAUUUCAAAAGCCAGAACUUUUGUGAGAUGCUCAGGAAGAUCUGGCCAGGAACUGACACAAAUCCAACAAGCACGACCAAAGGCUCCAGAGUUCCAGACUUGCAGAUGGUGAUCGUAACAGACAGCAGACAGCCAGGGAUGCUCCAUAUGGAGGAUGUCAUGCAAGCAGGGGAGAGUCGACACUACACAGAGCUGAUGGACCUGCAGGCCAAGCUGUCGUCUGAUGACCCCAUCAACAUCCAGUUCACAUCCGGUACAACUGGAAAACCGAAAGGAGCCACUCUAUCCCACCACAACAUUGUAAAUAACGCCUACUUCGCAGGUCUGCGUUUGGGAUAUGAACGGAGACCCCAGGUACGAGUGUGUGUGGCCGUACCCUUGUACCACUGCUUCGGCUCCGUGGCUGCAGGCAUGAACAUGGCAAUUCACGGCAUCACGCUGGUCUUCCCUUCUACAGGCUAUGACAGUUGUGCCAAUUUAGAGGCCAUUCAGAGAGAAAAGUGCAAUUUUGUCUACGGCACUCCAACCAUGUUCACAGACAUGCUUGGCCAAGAUUUAAACAACUAUGAUUUGUCAUCGGUUGAAGCUGGCCUAAUAGGAGGCUCACCAUGUCCUCCUGAGAUUAUCAAGAAAAUACAAAGAAACAUGAAUAUGAAAGAGAUAACAGUUAUCUAUGGAACCACUGAAAAUAGUCCCAUCACGUUCAUGGGAUUCCCACAAGAUAACGAAGAACUGAAGAUGAAUACUGUUGGGUGCAUAAUGAGUCACACUGAGGCUAAAGUGGUGGAACCAGUCACUGGGGAGAUCGUCCCUCUGGGUACUUCAGGCGAAGUGAUGAUCAGAGGCAACUGUGUGAUGCUUGGGUACUGGGAAGACCCUCAGAAAACCAGCGAGGCCAUCUCCCAGAGUCGCUGGUACAGCACAGGGGACACAGGCAGUCUAAACAGUCUGGGAUACUGUUGCAUUGAGGGACGCAUAAAGGACAUGAUCAUCCGUGGAGGGGAAAACAUUUACCCAGCUGAGAUAGAGCAAUUUCUCUACAAGCAUCCAAAAGUGCUGGAGGUGCAGGUGGUUGGAGUUAAAGAUGAGAGGCUCGGGGAGCAGGUGUGUGCCUGCAUCCGAGUAAGGGAGGGUCAAACCUUGAGCGCAGAGGAGAUUAAAGAAUUCUGCAAAGGGAAGAUUUCUCACUUUAAGAUCCCACACUAUGUGAUGUUUGUAGACAGCUACCCUCUGACUGCUUCAGGAAAGAUUAAGAAGAACAAACUGGCGGAAGCAAUGGAGAAGAAAUUAGACCUUUAACUUUGUGGAGCCCAUCGGACUAUGUUUGGAAGUCCUAAAAAAGGAACCAGUAGUCCUCCGCCGGGACUAUGUAACAGAACGGUGGAUAGUAGUAUUUAACUUGUGAUUGCAUUGUUGAUUUGAGAUUUAAAUGAUGAUUGAAUGCAAAGUAUGCUGAUGUGAAGUUUAAUUACUGACCUGGAAAAUAUGUAUGAGAUGUAACUGAAAUCUGUGGAAAAUUACAAGCCCCCUUAGGGAAUAUAUCAAAUGGCAUCCUCAUUUACUGCUGCAUUACAAAUACAAUCUACGCAACAUAUUCAUCAUCUCAAUCUUUAUUUAACAAUUCUGACAAACAAUUUAAUAACAAUAUAAUACAAUGGCCGAAACCACUGUGAGAGUAAAACUCAUUAUCUGAAUACCGGUACAUGCCAUACAGAAUCUGAAAUAAAUAGGACUUUA